AUGUUGCCAUACCAUACGCUUCAGGAAGCUGAAAUUUCUCUUGGAAGAAAUCUAACAUUUGCAGAAACAUUAUGGUUCAAAUACUCGGCUCAAAAAUCAGAUUAUAUCCUCUAUUGUCACAACACCCUUUUCUUGUUUAUCUUUUACACCUUGUUUCCGAUCCCCUUUGUCAUUCUUGAGCUCCUGGGGUCCAAAAAGAUUGACAAGUACAAGCUUCAGCCAAAAUUCAAAAACUCAUUCUCUGACAUGAUGGAAUGCUACAAAAAAGUUAUGUGGACUUUUGUCUAUGCUGUUGGCCCCCUGCAAGUCCUUUCUUACCCCGUCAUUAAGUGGAUUGGGAUCCGAACAAGCUUGCCGUUGCCAUCUGGGACAGAAGUAUUCUGGCAACUGGUGGUGUAUGUAGUAGUCGAGGACUAUGCAAAUUAUUGGCUCCAUAGACUAAUGCAUUCGCCAUGGGGCUAUAACAAAAUCCACAGGGUGCACCAUGAGUAUACGGCUCCUAUUGGUUUUGCAGCACCUUAUGCUCAUUGGGCAGAGAUUAUUGUCCUUGGACUUGCUUCAUUUCUUGGUCCUCUCAUGGUCCCCGGUCACAUGCUCACCUUUUGGCUUUGGUUUAUACUAAGGCAGCUCGAAGCCAUUGAGACUCAUAGCGGGUACGAAUUUCCUUGGAGCCCCUCCAAGCUUAUUCCAUUUUAUGGAGGUGCAGUUUACCAUGAUUACCAUCAUUACGUUGGGGGCAAAAGUCAGAGCAACUUUGCAUCUGUUUUCACUUACUGUGACUACAUAUAUGGAACCGACAAGGGAUAUCGAUACCAGAAAAAUGUCUUUGAAAAGACGCGAGAUAGCCUCAGGAGCCAAAGUGAUAUCAAAUCUGAGUAGGAGAAAGCUAAGCUCUGCAUGCACGAACUCUUGAUCAGCUCUGAGCAAAACAUUCUUGAUGCGUGUUGUGGUUCUGUCUGCCAUAGAAGCUUUUUUUUUUUUGGGAGCAAUAUUGAGAGAUUUUUAUCUACUAUAGAAGUAUGAUUAGCAUUUAAAAAAAAAGUAAAUAAUUAAGUGUUGUACAAAAUUAUGGAUACUUCUUAGCAGCAUCAUGAUGUGGUGCUACGCUUUUGAGCAUUUACCCCACAUGGAAAUGCUAAAAAUUACGACCUCAAGAAUUAAGUUUGUGUUAUUACCAUAUU